GGGGUAGUCAGAGCAGCAAAAGAUAAACAAAAAUCCGACGCGAAUAGGCGUGUGCUAAAGAUCCAAACAAAAAGAAGCUACCAAACAACAGGCAGCGGCCGCGGCGGCAGCAGCAGCAGGUGGUGGUGGUGGCCAGCAAUCUCCGGAUAAUAAGAUAGUUCGGUAUCGUCGGCGGCGGCUAGAGCGACAACAUGACAAUCAAAAACAGUAUUCUUCCGGAAUAAGCAAGAACUUAAGCUCAACGGAGACGAUCGGUUGUUGGACGAGGAUGGUGCGGGAUAUACCUAGUGACGAUUAUAAGCAGGAGGCGUGGGAGGAUUACUGCCGCGGGUUGGCCGCGGAGUUAACAUCCGUUGUAGUGGGGCGAAUUGUUGCCUUCAGUGGUCGGUCAUCUCAGGUGGGGUCACUUUUUGAUGGUGUGGCUAAGCUGGGACCUUGACGAAAGGCGGUACGUAAGGCUGAAGAUUGUCAAAUCGUCACAGCAAUUGACCAAUACGGCCAAGGACGAGAUUCAGAUUGAUGCGGAACGCCGAUCAGAAGCGAAACAAGACGGUGCACUGCUGAACGACUUCAGGAUAACGGGCAUCAAGGGGACGCACAUCUGUCUGGUGUUUGAAGAGUUGGGGCACAGCUUGCCGAAGUUUUUCCUGAAGAGCAACUACCGAGGAAUUCCACUGCCGAACGAAAAGUCCACCGUCCGGCAAGUGUUAGAGGGUCUCGAUUACCUCAUCCACACGGACAUCAAGCCGUAGAACGUGUUGCUGUACAAGGACGAUAGUUACAUUCGCAAAUUGGAGCAACCGCCAAACAGAGUUGAUCCGGCAGCAGCUGGAGCAUCAUCCCAGCUCGAGUUUGGGCCGCGACUGGGAAACGGUGACUGUCAAGAUUCUAAAAUGGACCAGGACACACCACAGUGACCGCGGAUUACCAGCGCCUGCUGCCGAACGGUGACCGACGAGGACGAAUCCGCUGCACCGCCCAGAAGCCUUCCAGCAACCCGUCGGCCCUGACCAGUCUGGACGCGUAUACUUCCAACAACAAUGACGACGUCCUCGGCAGCGAGAAGACAUCAUCCGCAGAUUCCCCAAAGCCUGUCACCACAGCUUCCGCAAUGCGCAUCCUCCACAG